UCGUACCUGAAUUGGGUCCGAGAAAAAUCGUCGUCUCAGGCUCAAUUCAGGCAAGAAAUCGAUCGAUCGAUCAAUCAAUCAAUCGGUCGAUCCUCCAUGGCUGCCAAGAACACAAUGCUGGUUCUUACAUUGGCGUUGUCGGUCGCGUUUUCGACACGUGGCGCCAUGGCGGGGUCGAUAGGGAUGAAUUGGGGAAGAGUGAGUGCCCAAAGAUUGAUACCAUCCAUGGUGGUCGAUCUUCUCUUGCAAAACAACAUAUCCGCGGCUCGGGUCUAUACUUCGCAGGAAGACAUCCUUAAAGCCUUCGCCGGGAGCGGCAUCCAGCUCUGCGUCGGGAUUUUUCAGACCAGCGUCGUCAGCUCGAUCGACACUGCGAGGCAAUGGGUGCGGACUAGAAGCCCGUAUCUCAACGUUUCUAACGUCAGGUACGUCGUGAUGGGAAACGAGUUAUUCAAAGACGGGUUGACGAACAAGACGGUGAUGGACACGGCAAUAACCGCAAUGCAAAAUGUCCAGCUAGCGCUGAACGAAGCCGGGUACGGCGAACAAAUCAAGGUGACGAUCGGGAUGACGGAGGCGGCGUUCAAGUUCAACAUGACAAAGCCAUCGUUGGCGGAGUUCAACGAGGAAAUGCGAGCCGAAAUCAACAGAACGAUCGACAUCCUCCGCACCAACCGCAGCCCGUUGUUCCUCGAAAUGUUCCCCAUCUCGUUCGUCACCGAGAACACGUUCCUCAACCCCGAAUUCGCCUUCAUGGACGGCAAAUCGAGCAUCGUCAUCAACGACAACGGCAAGAUCUACACCAACGCCGUCGAGUUCCUCUACGACUCCUACCUCUGGGCGAUGACCAAAUACGGCGCCGGCGACAUCGAGCUCGUCAUCGGGAACGUCGGAUGGCCUACCGACGGCUAUCCCGGUGCCAACACCUCGACUGCCGAGAGGUUCUACAAAACAUUCCUCCCAUGGGUAGCCAGCAACAGAGGAACUCCCAUGGCCCCCGGAAGGUCCAUCAACGCCUUCUUGAACUCGCUCGCCGACGAAAAUCGAAUGCCAUACAAGUACCCGUUUUCCCGCCACUGGGGGAUCUACACGUCCUACGGCGAUCCAAAGUACAAAAUCGAUCUUUCCGGGCAGGGCCGCGACAUUUUUCCGACAACGGCGAAGGGGAUCAUGAGAAUGCCGGAGAGAUGGUGUGUCUUCGACGGGAACCUGACGGACAUGACGCUCGUCAACAAGCAUUUUCAGUUUGCAUGUUCGAAGGCCGACUGCACCAGCCUCGCCCCCGGGGGGUCCUGCAGCCAGCUCACCUUCAUGCAGAAUGUUUCCUAUGCAUUCAACAUGUAUUUUCAGUCGAAAUUUCAGGACGAGGACGCCUGCGACUUCGAGGGCCUCGGAAGAGUCAUCACCGAUAACCCGACUGUCGGCGGCUGCAUCUUCCCUGUCGAAGUAGUUAAAGGUCAGCAAGAUAUGGGCAAGAAUGGAGGCAAUCAGAUCAACAGAUUUACCAAAACCUCAGUCUUUUUCAUGUCUUUGUUUUGGGCUCUUCUGUUGAACUGAAUCACACAGGUAUAUAUAUAUAUAUAUUUUUGUUGUAUCUAUAUCUCCAUAGCUGGUGUAUCUAUGUGUAUAUAUACAUGAUACAUAUAAUCAUCCUGGCCAGAAUGUAGGGAUGCAGUCAUGAAAUCCUCCUCAACAAAUACAAUGUCAAAACAUACCAUUCGCGGGUUCUUGUCG